UGGAUUGUUGGGAAUCUUCAGUGUAUGUAACUAAUGUUGUGAGUCUGGAUCCAGUGUGGAUGAGCAGAGAUCAGAGCUGCACACAACAGCCACUGCUGGACUCUAAACUCUCUGAAGAGAAAUCCAGACACACACAGGACUCAGAUCUCAGUCUGACUUUACUCUGUUAUACUGAGUCAAAGCUCACAGACACUCAGGACACUACAGUGUGUGACAGUAAACAGAGCUUACAGGAGGAUCAAACCUCCACAGAGUCUCUGGAUUCUGUCUGUAACGCUGGAGAACAGCAGCAGAUCCUGCAGACCAAACUGAAGAUGUUUUCAGUUAAACUCAUCGACUGCACGAACCUCAUGAUGAAGAUUAAAACUGAACCCACAGAAAUCAAAACUGAACCCACAGAAAUCAAAACUGAACCCACAGAAAUCAAAACUGAACCCACAGAAAUCAAAACUGAACCCACAGAAGAGGAAGGUCGUACUGAGGAAGAUGAUGAUUUUAUUUCAUCAGAUGUGAAGAGUGAUUCAUGUUUGGAUAUAGAAAUAACAUCCUCAACAUCAAAAGAGUUACUGACAGCACAAACUCUUUCCUGCAUCACCUGUGGAAAGACAUUCAGCUCACAGAGACAUUUAGAGAGACAUGAGAGAAAACACACAGAACAGAAACUCUUCACCAGAUCUGAGAUCAGCUUUACUACCUUACAAGAGAAGAAACUUCAUUCAGAAGAGCACAGAGAGAAGAAGAAGAAGAAGCAGUUUCACUGUGAGCAGUGUGGGAAGAUUUGUGUCUCUUCCUCUAAUCUAAAUGUUCACAUGAGGAUACACAGUGAUGAAAAGCCUUUCAACUGCACUGAAUGUGGAAAAUACUUCACAACCAAACAAAGUCUUGAUUUUCAUCAGAGAAUUCACACAGGAGAAAAACCUUACGAGUGUCCUCACUGUGAGAAGAGAUUUAGCUGUAAACAUAAUCUGAAGAGACAUGUGCUUUUACACACCAAUGAGAGACCGUAUCAGUGCAGUGAAUGUGACAAAACCUUUAGGGAUUCAAGUUUAUUAAAAUCACACCAGAAUAUUCACAUUAAAGAGAAACUCUAUCAGUGUUCACACUGUGAUAAAUGUUUCGGUCAUAAAUAUCAGCUGAUAGUCCAUGAGACAGAUCACACAGGAGAGAAACCUUACGUCUGUGCUCAUUGUGGAAAGAGCUUCUCUUAUUCAUCUCAUUUAAGAAAUCAUCAAAGGGUUCACACUGGAGAGAAACCUUAUCACUGUAGUGUCUGUGGGAAGAGUUUUAGUCUAAAGCAUAUCUUACUAAGGCACCAGAGAGUUCAUACAGGUGAAAAACAUUUCAAAUGCUCUCAGUGUGACAAGACGUUUGCUUGUUCAAGUAGCUUAAAAAACCACGAAAGAGUUCAUUCUGGAGAGAAACCUUAUUACUGUAGUGUGUGUGGAAAGAGUUUUGGACAACGGGGUACAUUACUAAAUCACAAGAGACUUCAUACAGGUGAAAAACCUUUCAAAUGCUCUCAGUGUGACAAGACUUUUUCUAAGUCAGAUCACUUAAAAUCUCAUCAGAGACUUCAUACUGGAGAGAAACCAUAAAGGAACAGUAUGUAAGAAAUUUAUAUAAAUGAAUCAUAAAAUGGCCCUGAUAUGUCACUAGACAUUAAGAAUUAAUUUUCAUUUCAAAUAUUUAUAUCACUGACAUCAGUGGCCUGGGAAGGAUAUUGUCAUUAAAAAAGUGGAUUUGCAGUCCUCAACUGAUGUUUAUGUUGUCAUGUUGAGUAUUGGCCACUAGUUGUGUGAUUGCAGUACCAGUUUUAGCUACAAGGUCUGUGAUUGCAAGAUUGAAAGGUCACGUUUUCCUAAUGCUAUUUUUUAAACCCUAGUUAGUGUGUAAUGUUGCUAUAAUAGCAUAAAUAAUACUGGUAAAAUGAUAAAGUUCACUGCCAGGCAAUAUAUUUUCUUUAACAGAAUUCGCCUUUCAAAGCCUACAGCCGGUUUGGACUACAGACCUCUACUUCCUGUUUUAAUGACUACAAUAGAACAGUUUUUGACUAAACCCCGCCCACAGGAAUAUGUCAGUCGCCAGCUAAGCUAACGGCAAGCUAAUCAGCCUGUUUUGAAGACAGUGAAAACAGCGCUAUAGAGAUAAGUAAAUUAUGUGACCUCUAAGCACAAGAAAUUCCAUACAGGUGAAAGACCCGACAAGACGUUUGCUCUGUCAAGUCACUUCCCUUCUGAAAAAAACCCAAUAAAACCUUUACAGAAAUUCCUAAUGGUUUCCAUUAAAAUACCAAAAAGCACCAUUAGCUUUUACCAUUAAAGCCACUACAAAAUAUCAUCCUUUGAACUAAUUUCCUUUGACCGAACAUCUUAAACUAGCAGCGUCUGCGGCCCACGUGAUGACCUGACAUGAUGUCGGUGCCUUAAAAUUAGCGGUUUAGGUGCCAAGCGGUUAAAAACUGUAUGUGUGUAUGUGUCCGGUAGCAAACAAACUGUUCAUAACUACAAUAGUGUUAAUAAAAUAUGAAAAACAACUUGAAUUAACACAUUUAUCAUUGUUAUGUCACAUUUAUCUCUUUUAAGAACUCGUUAAUUUUAUAUUGUGUGCUAUGUGAUUUUUCUAAUUGGUUUUAAAGUAUUAAUGUCAUGGGACCACAAUGUCAUUUAUUGUUCAUUAACUUUGAUUGGUAUAGAACAUGGCCGGGUCUACAGGGGGCUGGGAGGGGCAUUGCCCCCCAUAUUUUCCUUCUGCCCCCCAAAAAAUGUCCAGCCAACCUUAAAAUAACGGAGUCUCUUUACACAAAAAAACAUCUUCUUUUGGCAAGCGCUAGCGUUUACAGAUUCCGCCCACUAUUGUCUGAUUAGCUUAUUCAAACCAUUGGAAUUUUUUCAGCAGUAUUUAAGUCACAGGAAAAGUACUACUGUUCUCUAUGACGGUAACUAAAAAACGCAUCUUUAAAAUAUAUAUCAAAAACAAUGCAAUUUAGUAUUACAUAAACGUAAUAACCCAACACAUAUUAAAUUUAAAAAAAUUAUAUAGUAAAACAUGCCCAAAAUAGCCCCUUAUCCUUUCUUAGACUCACCUCAUUAUUUAUUCAUGCAAAUACAACAGCCAAUGGCAAGUCUCCAGCAGCAUUUAAUGUGUUUGUUUUAGACGUAGUUCUGUUUAUUAAAAUUAGAAUAUGCAGUUUGGUUGUGGCAUACUAUAUAGUAGAUAUAAAUGAUAUAAGAUGGUUAUACAGUAAAUAUACAGUAUUGUAACAGCUGAGCAUCGGGUGCAGUGCAGUUUUAAAAUCAAAUUUUAGCGGUUUUGUCAUCGUCAUUCAUCAGCUCAUUCAGCUCGCGUUUGAGAAAAACUUCACACGCAAAAAUCUACAGACUUUUAAGUUCAAGAGGAGCUUUCACUGCACAAGGUCAUCGUAAGGUAAAACGUUGUAUUUUAUAAUGUUGCGUUGUAUUAUAAUAUCUAAUUUGCUGUGUUAUGAACAAAGCAGUGUGAUUUAUCUUUAGUCUCGUCGCAAAUCACACUUACAGUAUUUUAGGGCUUGCGCUUUUGUCUGGUGCUGUUAUAGGCAAACAGGAUAACCUGUGACGAAUUUGUCAUGCAUGUCAAAUUGCUUACAGGAUGCAACAAUAUAUUAUUUAAAGCAUUGUGCUUUGUUGUGAUAUUUGAGGUUGCUGCAGCAGCAUGAUAGGGUCAGGAAUUAAUGACAAUACAGCUUAUCACAUAUAUCACAUUGAAAAUACAUUAUUUUAAAUGAAGAAAAUGUUUGAGAAGUGGAAAUAAAGCAUCUACUUUUAAAAUUUGAACGUGGAAAAUGACAUAUAAAUUGCCUUUUAUUAUAAGACAUGCAAAGUAAUAUUGGAUUGAGACAUCCAUAAUUUUAGUGUAUGAAUCAUUUUAGUCGAGAAAUGGCUGCCCACCCAAAAAUCCUGACUGCCCCCCCAGUCCAGCAAGCCUAGUACCGGGCCUGGUAUAGAAACACACUGAGAAAGAAACUGGGCUGGUAAAUGAAAGUUUACUUAAUUAUUCAGUAUUUUGUCAGUCUUUCAUUCUUUCUAGGAAAGCUAAAGGACCUGUUAUUGCAUUGAGAGCAUCUUGAACAGAUGUGUGAUAUGGUAGCACAAUAGAAAUGAACUGCAAGAGCUUGUAGAGAGGAGUAAAGACUGCUGAGAGGAACACCAAUAUAUUUUGAAUAUACGUUGCAUACUUGACAAGCUUGUCACAUUUUUACUGCACAGAAACCAUAUAUUGUAUAACAGGUUUCAUUUUACUUCAUUAUUAUGAUGAUCACAGUUGAAUGUAAUGUGGUAAU